AUGGCAUCAUCUGGGAAGCUAUGGGUGCUCCUGCGUCUAGCUGCGCUUGCAGGAGCAGUGCCGGUCGUUUACUUUCCAUUCAACUCUCAGCUACCACCAGCAACGAGAAUAUCCGAGCCAUUCUCCUACACUCUUUCACCGCAGACCUUUUCUUCGCAAUCACGAAUCUCUUACAGUUUGAGAGAUGCACCAAAAUGGCUCUCUAUCGACUCCAGUACUGGACGGCUCUCUGGGACCCCCGAGGACGCCGAUGUUCCGCCAGGACAAGUGGUUGGAGUACCAGUCGACAUUGUUGCGACAGAUGACACUGGUUCGACAACGAUGACAGCCACUCUGGUGGUGACCCGAAAUCCGGCGCCCAAGGUCGAGAUACCACUGUCACAGCAGAUAAAGACAUUCGGAGAAACAUCGUCGCCAACUGCCGUUGUAACUUAUCCCGCUUCCGAAUUCUUCUUUUCUUUCGCCAAGGACACAUUUUCUUAUACUGGAGAUGGCAUCAACUACUACGCUACUUCGGCAAAUAACAGCCCUUUGCCCUCAUGGAUCAAGUUCGACGCGGGCAGCCUCACGUUUUCAGGAAACACGCCGCCUUUUGAAUCCUUGGUCCAGCCGCCUCAGAAAUUCGACUUCAGUCUCGUUGGAUCUGACAUUGUGGGAUUCUCGGCUGUGUCUAUCGUGUUCACUAUUGUUGUCGGUGCACAUAGGCUAACGACAGACACGCCCGUCAUCAAGAUCAACGCAACCAGAGGCAAAGAAGUCUCUUACGAAACAUUAGCUGACAGCAUCAAGCUAGACGGCAGCCCCGUCUCACCGGCUGAUCUGAACCUCACCACUUCCAACAUACCGAGCUGGCUCUCGGUCGACAACACUACACUUUUGCUUAAAGGCACGCCCCCUAAUGAUACGCAGUCAUUGAAUUCCACCCUCACAUUUAGCGACAUAUACGCCGACACACUCGACAUUUUAUUAUCGGUUUCGAUCACGACGCAAAUUUUUCGAGGUACAAAACUUGAGUUCGAAGUUACGCCCGGAGAGGACUUCUCGUUCGAUAUAGAGCCUUAUUUGUGGGUGCCGUCGGACAUAGAAUUGGAUCUCAGCAACUCACAAGAUUGGGUGAAUGUGGAUGGGCUCAAAAUAACAGGGAAGGUCCCAGAAUCGGCAUCUGCUGCGACGCCCAAGUUUUUAGUAAAGGCAACUUCGAAGAGCUCUGGGGAAUCGGAAACCGUUGCUGCAGAUUUCGAGGUUCUCUCGGUAGUUGCGACAACUUCAGCAGAACCGACGCCCUCUGCCAGCCCAACAAAACCAGCAGCAAGCAACGAUUCACGGCGAGGUCUGAAUCCUGGGUUGAUUGCUUUGGCGGUGCUUCUGCCUCUGCUUGUCCUAUUCAUCAUCGUGAUCUUGAUCAUAUGCUGUCGGCGGAGAAGGCAGCGCGACUCCAUGCACGAACAAAAGAAGAGGGAAAUAUCGGAGCCUGUACCUGGGUCUUUCGUCUGGAACGGAAGGAGACACAGCGGAGACACAUCGAAUGCUUCCCUCGCCGAGAUGCAGAAACCGGAAGACCACAGACGCAGCCGAGGAUACAUCACCUCUGCUGUUGCGCAAAUGCGAAACUCGGCGCUUUCAACCAUCACUGGAUCCCGCAUCUCCCAGCGCAACUCUUCGCUCUGGAGGAGGUCUCGGAGCGAAAGAAGCCUGCCGAUAUCUCCUUCUUUCGGCUCAUCCUGGGGCCCACGCUUUCAACCACAACAUGCACAUCAGGGAUCAACAAGCACCUACGAUGGCCCAGAUGACGUGCUGUCUGCGUCCCCAGGAUUUCUUGGCCAGCGGGACGAUUCGUUCCGCAGUGCACUGGAUGUCGCCAUCCCGUCCAUGCACGACGAAGUCAGCAGCAUUCAGGCAACGCCUGAUAUGGCCUACACAAGCCCCUGGGGAGAGCCGUCCAGAUUAGUCCUCGACAGAUCCACGCCACUGUCCGCUGCAUCCCAUUCCGACAGCCUCGCGUCUAUCCCAGAACAGCCGACACCUUUGGGAUCUCACCCUACACAUGGGAGGCGCUUCUCUCCUGCCCAGAGACCCAGAAGGACGUUUUCUGUGCUCAGCGAUACCAGGUCGCAAAGCAGCCUUCGCAGCUCGCUGUCUGGAUCAGGGAGAGGCAGGGUCAUUGGGCGACAAGACUCCCAACCAGGUUCGUGGGCCGGAUCGGUAGCUCGGCCGAUCAGCAGGAAGUCAGACUCCAGCCCUUUCUUCGGAGGUCGCUCUGUGGUUCCAUCCCGCAACCGUUACCACCUAGACAGCGACACCGACUCGGUGGGAUCGACGAGGGGGACAGAAAACUGGCAGACGAUCCCGAGGGACUCACUUGGCAUCGCGUACGCUGAGCUGACGCAAAGUUCCCCAUUCCUGAGACAUACAUCGUCGAUGUCCCCUCGACCUCUCAGCAUCGUCAAAAAGGACUCCAGCGGGCCAAGGUACACCAGGGAAAGCCGAGUCGGCAAGCAGACACCGCUCUCGCGGCGGACGUCGUCUAGUUCCAACGCAAGAUCGACGGGUCGCUGGAGUAGGCAGUCUUUGGCUGAUCAGGGCAACCGGCUGGGAUACGCGUCUUCACGAGCGAGCAGCGAAGUGCUGGGCAAAGGCAAAGGCGUCGCCAGAUACUCACCGGGGGUGGACUCGGACUCGGACUGGGUGACGGAGGCGGGAACUGUGGGGAAAAAGGGACCUCGGAGUCGAUUCAACAGCGACGAGGACUUCCGUGUAUUCAUGUGA